AUGGGGCGCAACGCGCGCAAGCGUAUUUCAUACGUCUUGCCUCUCGCCAACUCCGCAGGUGGCCAUCGUCUCGGCGUCAAUGGCCUCGCUGUAGAUCCCUAUAACUCCAUCCUCUACUCUGGCGGUAGAGACGGCGUCAUCUGCGCCUGGGACCUGCAUCUCGACCUGCGCCCUGCCCAGGAGCGCGAAGGCUACGGCUCGCUCGGCGGCCUCGACGACGCGCCGCCCGCCCCGAAGCCGGCGACGACAUUCCGACAGCAGGUGCAGGCCCAUACCCACUGGAUCAACGACAUCACCCUCGCCCACAACAACGAGGCUCUCGUUUCCGCGUCCUCCGACAUCUCCGUGAAGCUCUGGCGCCCCGCCGCCCACGAUGCCAUUCCGCCGCAGACCAUCGGCCUGCACAGCGACUACGUGAAGUGCCUCGCCUCGCCCAGCCCUACCGCCAAUUGGGUUGCUUCCGGCGGCCUCGAUCGCAAGAUAAACCUGUGGGAUAUCAAUGGCGGCGGCAAGACGUUGCAGAUUGCGGUCGGAGAGGAUGAGAGCACCGCGAAGGGGUCCGUCUACGCGCUUGCUGCCACGAACUCCCUGAUCGCGAGCGGCGGCCCCGAGAGCAUUGUCCGGGUAUGGGAUUCAAGGUCCGGGAAGCGCAUCACCAAAUUCGUCGGGCAUACCGACAACGUCCGGGAUAUCCUGAUUGCCAAGGAAGGUGAUACGAUCAUGACAGCGUCUUCCGAUCAGACUGUCAAGGUGUGGUCCAUGACCGCGGGUAGGUGCAUGUAUACUCUGACCAUGCACAAUGACAGUGUAUGGUCGCUAUACUCGGAUCACCCGCAGCUGUCCGUCUUCUACUCCAGUGACCGCUCCGGGGUUGUCGCCAAGACGGACGUUAGAGGCUGCAUCGAGAUGGAUGAAGGAUUGUCGGUUGCCGUCUGCCAGGAGCAUGGAGGGGUGGCCAAGGCUGUCGUGGCCGGUGACUAUGUCUGGACUGCGACCUCCAGUUCCAGCAUAAACCGUUGGCAAGACGUCAAUACCGAGGCCGACGUCCAGCUUCCUGAUAACAAGCAUCACCGGUUGAGCUCCGCCACAGCCCGCACGCGCAUACCGUCUCCGACCUCUCCGACAGGGCCGUCGUCCAUGUCGAUGGCGCCGCCAGCAGAAAAGAUCCCUAGGAACGCGCUCUUGCGUAUGUCGAAUGCCGCGUCUUUCCACCUCUUCCGCGAUCGUGAUCAGGAAUCUGCGACUAUGCAGUCUGCUGCAAGCUUGAGAAAGCCGGUGGAUUUUGUCGAGGACGAAGUGAAGGGGCCGACGCCGAUGAGACCAUUGCCUGAUUUCUCUAUCGAGGGACAGAAUGGUUUGAUCAAGCACUUCCUGUUGAAUGACCGGAGACGGGUCCUUACUUUGGAUACUGCUGGAGAAGUCAUGCUUUGGGACCUUCUGAAAUGUGCACCGAUCAAGUCGUUUGGCAAGCGCCACCUUGAAGACGUGGCUCCCGAGAUUAACACAACGGAAACCGUUGCACAUUGGUGCGCUGUCGACACAAGAACGGGAAGCUUGACAUGCGUCUUGGAAGAAAAUUAUUGCUUCGACGCCGAGAUGUAUGCAGAUGAGCUACACUUGGAGGAGACGAUAGAGUUCAGAGAAGAUCAAAGAAUCAAUCUUGGAAAGUGGAUACUACGAUAUCUCUUCGCCAACCUGAUUGAUGAAGAAAUCAAAAGAGAUGAGAAUUUCCGGCAGCAGAUCAUUUCAGAGAAGAAGCAGCAGCGAAAAGCGCCAGGCACUAUCGAAAUACCCGAAUCUCAAAUGAACGGCUGGAAAGAGGGGUCUGCGCCUUCCUCUGCCACCACUCUCCGGGCUAACAACGGCUUCCAUCUACCCGUCACUACGCCAGGAUUGGCCAUCGGCGUUGCCACUCCUGGCGGCCAUUCUCACACGCACACACAUCAGCCCACCCAUCACCUGCCGCCAACCGCCGAGGAGGGUGCCCAGCUCGAGCAGACGACGUCAGGUGGUAGCAAAGAAAGAACUUCUGGAGACUACUUCUCCACGAGCCCCCGAACACAAUCUGCUACGACACCAAGCAGCGCCAGCCAGCCCCGAAAGUCCGGUGAGACCCAGUCGCCGACCGAGGGCGACAGGGAGAACGGCAAAGAAAGCACCAUGUUCGGCCGCAAGUUUAAGAUGUCUUUCGGUGGCAUGAAGAAGCUAGGUCGAACGUCGACAACAGAUACGAACAGCAAACCCUCCAUAGAAUCGCCUACGGAAACGCCCGAGGAAUCCGACUCGCGCACUUCGAAGAGCGAAGAUCGUGUUAUUGAGGAUAAUUUCCUUGGAGUCAUCCAGACCAUCCGGCAUCGCUAUGAGGAUGACCUUCAAGAGGGUGCUCAAAAUUUGACUUCCGCAAUCACGCCCAGUUUGGCCAACGAGACGCCAGUGCUGAAGCCUCCGAUUGCAACGUCAAUUCUGAUCCAAGAGGAUAGACCUGACUCCGGUGGUGUAGCGGAUUUGUUCGAAGGCACUGUCAGUUCUCUGGGACAGCAGGCGGAUUUCAUCGAAAAAGUGGCGCCGAAGUGGCUGGGUGAGGUCUUACUGAAGAACACGAUUCCUUUCAAGGAGAUCGUCAAGGUCUCGUUCAUCCUCGAGCCGUACCAGAACAUCCUUCCGGCCAUCGCAUCAGACGGAAACAACCGCCUCAACGCCAACCGAAUGCUUCGCGCCCGCAAGAUCAUGGCCUACGUGGCCGAACGCAUCGAGCCCCCACCCGAACAGCCCGAACCGAACGCACUCCGACCAGAGGAAUACCUCGAGCUCUACUGCAACAACCAGCUCAUCUCCCCAACCAUGACCCUCGCCACCAUCCGCGCCCACGUCUGGCGCGGUGGCGGCGACGUCAUCCUCUACUACAAGGCCAACGGCCGCCGGGAAAUCCGGCCCCCCGCGCCCUCGCCCCCGCCCGAAGGCCCCCACCAUCUGCCUCCGCCGCCGACGACGACCACAACCAGCAACAACAUCCCGCUGAGCCCGCCGACCACGCCCGGCCUGGUGAGUCCUGGUGGCGGUGGUAACUUUUUCGCGCAGGGUGGUGGCAACAGUCCGGCACGGAGUCCGCGGUCGAGCGGGGAGGCGAUGGGGGGGAAGGGCGUCCCCGGGGCGUAUGAUCCGGGGAAGGCGAUGCCGCCUUGA